CUCCGCCCCACAAUGCACCGCGGCGGGCAGCCUUUGAAAAAGCGGCGCGGCUCGUUCAAGAUGGCGGAGCUCGACCAGUUGCCUGACGAGAGCUCUUCAGCGAAAGCCCUUGUCAGUUUAAAAGAGGGAAGCUUAUCUAACACAUGGAAUGAAAAGUACAGCUCUUUACAAAAAACACCUGUUUGGAAAGGCAGGAAUACAGGCUCUGCUGUGGAAAUGCCUUUCAGAAAUUCAAAACGAAGUCGGCUCUUUUCUGAUGAAGAUGACAGACAAAUAAAUACAAGGUCACCUAAAAGAAAUCAGAGGGUGGCAAUGGUUCCACAGAAAUUUACAGCAACAAUGUCAACACCAGAUAAGAAGGCCUCACAGAAGAUUGGUUUUCGAUUACGUAACUUACUCAAGCUUCCCAAAGCACAUAAGUGGUGCAUAUAUGAGUGGUUCUACUCAAAUAUAGAUAAACCACUUUUUGAAGGCGACAAUGACUUCUGUGUGUGUCUAAAGGAAUCUUUUCCUAAUUUGAAAACAAGGAAGUUAACAAGAGUAGAAUGGGGAAAAAUCAGGCGGCUUAUGGGGAAACCACGGAGAUGUUCUUCUGCAUUUUUUGAGGAAGAGAGAUCAGCAUUAAAACAGAAACGGCAGAAAAUAAGGCUCUUACAACAAAGGAAAGUUGCGGAUGUUUCACAGUUCAAAGAUCUCCCAGACGAAAUUCCUUUGCCCCUGGUUAUUGGAACCAAAGUUACAGCACGAUUACGUGGUGUUCAUGAUGGUCUGUUCACUGGACAGAUAGAUGCUGUGGAUACUCUUAAUGCUACUUAUAGAGUAACUUUUGAUAGGGCAGGGCUUGGAACUCAUACUAUCCCUGACUAUGAAGUUCUUAGUAAUGAGCCUCAUGAGACGAUGCCUAUUGCUGCCUUUGGACAAAAACAGCGACCUUCUCGAUUUUUUAUGACUCCACCACGGUUACAUUAUACUCCUCCUCUCCAGUCACCAAUUACAGAUAAUGACCCCUUAUUAGGACAGUCACCUUGGAGAAGUAAAAUUUCUGGCUCUGACACAGAAACGUUAGGUGGUUUUCCAGUAGAGUUCCUUAUCCAAGUGACCAGAUUAUCAAAAAUUCUCAUGAUUAAAAAGGAACAUAUCAAGAAAUUAAGGGAAAUGAACACAGAAGCAGAAAAACUGAAAUCAUAUUCCAUGCCCAUUGGCAUUGAAUUUCAGCGGAGAUAUGCAACGAUUGUUCUAGAGCUUGAACAACUGAACAAGGAUCUAAACAAAGUUUUGCAUAAAGUUCAACAGUACUGCUAUGAGCUUGCUCCAGACCAAGGGCUCCAGCCUGCAGAUCAGCCGACAGAUAUGAGACGAAGGUGUGAGGAAGAAGCACAGGAAAUUGUUCGGCAUGCAAAUUCCUCAACAGGACAGCCCUGUGUUGAAAAUGAAAAUCUGACAGACUUAAUCUCCAGGCUUACAGCUAUUUUAUUACAAAUUAAGUGUCUGGCAGAAGGAGGAGACCUGAAUUCCUUUGAAUUUAAAUCACUUACAGAUUCAUUAAAUGAUAUCAAGAGUACAAUAGAUGCUUCUAAUAUCAGUUGCUUUCAGAAUAAUGUAGAAAUUCAUGUUGCACAUAUUCAGAGCGGCCUGAGCCAGAUGGGAAACUUACAUGCCUUUGCAGCAAAUAACACCAAUAGAGACUGAAGAGAAGAUUUAAUUAUUCCAACUGCAUAGGACAUUGUUUUUGAGAAGUUCUCUUCCUUUAUAUAGGCUUCCAACACCAAAUAA